AUGGGCUUCAAUGAUCGAAAGCUGAUGUUUGAAUCUCCUAAUAAUUCCGCCGGCAACAUUUGUAGCGGCUAUUAUUGCAACCCAGAAGUGUAUCAUUCUCGAAUUUGUCCGCUGUCAUGUUUUUAUUUUUGCCCCAGUAUUUGUCUGCUUCCAGAAAUUGAACUACCACCACUACCACAAAAUUUCACAACUGAAGUUCCUCAUUCGCAGUCUCCAUAUAUACACACUGAUUUCAUCUUCUUGAUCCUUCUAUUUAUAGUUGUAGGCAUCGCUCUCUACAUAUGUUGUUCCUUCAUCAUUCACAAAUUCCGCAACUCAAGAACUUCUUCACAACCGGAGCAGCAAGUAGAAGUAGUAGAAGGACAGUUAAGUGAUAUUCAAACGGUGGGUCUUCAGCAAUCAGUCAUCAGCGCCAUCACAAUUCGCAAGUAUAAAAGAGGUGAAGGGCUAAUUGAAGGAACAGAAUGCUCUGUUUGCUUGAGUGAGUUUCAAGAAGAUGAAACACUCAGGAUUUUGCCCAAGUGCAACCAUGCUUUUCACAUACCUUGCAUUGACACUUGGCUCAGAUCACACACCAAUUGUCCCGUGUGCCGUGCCAUCAUUGUUAUCACAAUACCUGCCCCUGCAGAUUUCAAUCGAGCAGAACGUGUGACUAUUAUCUAA